CAUCUAAUCUGUCUAACAGCGCGCCAAGAUCUCUGCUGCCAUGGGGGCAUUUCAUUCUGUCCCUGAGGAUCAUCAGUAUCGGGUUUUAUCACAGAAGACAGGCUUUUCACUGGACCAGAUUGUGAUUUUGCAUAAUCGCUUCAAGCAGUUAAGCCACAAUGAAGAUGUGCUACGGAAAGAAGAUCUGAACACUCUUCCCGAUUUAUCAAGCAACCCAAUCCGAUCCCAGAUUGUAGAGGCCUUCUAUGACAAAAGAAACUUUCAGACUGGAGCUGAGGGCAAAGUUGAAGAGAUUGGAUUUGAGGAGUUCCUGACAGUCAUGUCAUACUUCAGAGCUCCAUCAGUGCACAUGACAGAGGAAAACAGGGAAAAGAUACGGAGGACCAAACUGCGCUUCUUGUUUAACAUGCACGACACUGACAAUGAUGGCACCAUAACACUGGAGGAAUACAGACGGGUGGUGGAAGAGUUGCUCUCUCGGAGUGGCUCAUUUGAAAUGGAGACAGCUAAGGGAAUUGCAGAUGCUGCCAUGCAGGAGGUUGCCAACAUCUCAAAGUCUCCCUUGGGUCCGGAUAAAUUUUAUGAGGGAAUCACAUUUGAGCAUUUUCUGCAGAUUUUGCAGGGGCUAGAAAUUGAGACGAGGAUGAACAUCCGUUUCUUAAACAUGGACACAUCGGUGCUAUGCAAGUAAUGUUUGUUCAUAUAUCAGCUACUGACAAACAAAAGCUCAAUGCAAAGCUACAUAUGUCAUUUCUGCACUUUAUAUCUGUAGCAUUAAAUUGGCCGGGUACUGUUUUAGUGCUGUAGUUUUCUGAACUAAUCACAUUCAGCGUGAAUGCCAAACUGAUUCACAAUUAAAACAACAUUAGUGUGGCAUGUUUAAGUCCAUAGACAUAAAUAGACUUUGCAUGUGCACAAUGGUACACUGUACUUUAGCUAACUGAAGAACUGUGAUUAUUUGCUCAAAUACAGUAGUAAACUAAUCGUAAAAAAGACAGUAUGUGAAAUGCUAAUAAAAUAAGAGGAUUGUGUAAAUUGGCUUUGACCUGUGUAAAGUGUA